AUGUGGCGCAUGCGUGGUGCCGCCGCCAGGAGCUGGGGCUGCGGCGGCGACGGCGGCGAUGGCGAUGGCGGGGGUAGCUGUGGUCGUGGGCAGGAGCGUUCGGGCCGGGCACUCGGAGGGGCUGGUGGAGGCGGCUGCUGCUGCCGUGGUGGUUGGCGAGGCCGCGCGGGCGGGGCCCGCCAGCAGCUGGAGGAACGGUUCGCGGACCUGGCCGCAAGCCACCAAGAGGCGAUCCGCGCACGGGAUGAGAGAGACCGGCAGAACGCGCGGCUCCGCGAGGAGAACGGGCGCCUGCGGCUCGAGAACCGGCGGCUGAAGCGCGAGAACCGUAGCCUUUUCCGGCAGGCGUUGCAGCGUCAGGAUGAGGAGCAGUCCGGGGAUUCCGUGCAGGCCGCCCCAACCGCGGCUGGGGGAGGGGAGCACCUCGAGGCCAACCCUGAGGAGGAGGAAGGAGUCGCUCGAGAGGCCCGCGCCCACGCUCGGGCUGUCGGGGCCGACAAGAAGGAACGGAGAGUAGGAGGUGGCCCAGACGAGCCCGGGAGUCCCAGGGCUCUGAGGGCCCGCCUCGAGAGGCUGGAGGCCAUGUACCGACGGGCCCUGCUGCAGCUGCACCAGGAACAGCAAUGGCAGCACAGGCGGCCCCAGGCCCAGAAAGCAGAGGCCGACGAGGAAGAACAGCGGCUUCAGCUGGAGAUCCGAGCUCCAGAUCCCGCACCCCUCCUCUAG